UUCCUUAUUCCGUUCGCCGUCACCGCCCUUUGGUUAUCACCGUCGACAUCACAGGUGCGAGCAUCCGGUUCUUCCUCUUUCCAUCAGCCUCUGCACGUGCUUCUUGCCUCUGGGUCACCAUCUGCCUCUGCUCUGCCUCUUCAUAUUCUGGUUCGUCGUCUGCGGCUGUUUCUCCUCUGAAUCUACCGCUGCGUGUGCAAUCUGAUUUUUUCCCCUUGCAGUUUUCAGUCAUGAGUUUGCUUGAAGUCAUUAAAAAUGCUUCAAUCAAUUCGAAGCCACUUGAUUCUCCAUUGGAUUAUCCUAUUGUUCUGAACCCUGAUACUAUUAUACCUAACUUGAAGCCUGAACAAGAAGACGCAGCCGCCUUGUGUCCUGUAAAACCUCUUAGUGGAUGGAAAAUUUCACAAGCUGAUGCCGAACUCAUUGACAUUGGGAAGAAGUUCUUUAUACAGCUAAAGGCAAAGCUCAAGAGUGGUAAUAGUUUGGAGAAGGAUGAGUUUAUUGGUGAUUUGAAUUCCUAUCUGAAUAGCAUCGCUGAGAAAAUAGGUGUUUCGGUUGCUAUUAAUCCAUCUAUGCCCAAUUAUACUAAGUUUUUGAUUGACAAGGUUGGAUUUUUUAUGGGUAAGGAUGUUGUUGGUGUUGUUUUGGAUGUGUGCAUUUCAUUUGAUAUUUGGGAUAUAGUUGAGGCUUUGAUUGAGCAUGGUGUUAUUAAGCAUUCUUGUCAUUCGGGCUUGGUUACUAGGUUAGUUGAAAAGAAGAGGUCCGACUUGAUAUGUUCGUGCAUUAAGCACGCGUUUGAUCUCGGGUCAUCUGAAAUACUCAGCAUUCUGAGGUAUUUUCUUUCUCCAUCCAAAGAUGCUUAUGAGAGUAUGAUAACUGUGAAGAAGGAAUGGGAGAACCAAGCACAGUUGGCCAUUGAUGGAAUUCAUGAUAGCAGUUGGAACAAAAAGAAUCUGCUUGUGGCAAAGGAGGCUUCCAUUUUGCUUAUGGUAGCUUAUGAUGGUUUCUCUGCAUCUGAGAUUUGUUUGCAUUAUCUACUUGCAUCGUCAAACAUCAAUGAUGUGCUGUUAUCAUCUUCCUUCAGUAAGUUGAAUGGCAAAGAGUUGAUUAACUUGAUUCGCUAUUUAUCGACGUGGCUAAAGAAGUACGAGAGGUUUCCUCAAGCCGGUCCCUGCCCUGAAGCUGCAGCAGCUUUGGGUUUGACGGUUUGCGAUUGGGUUCCUAAACUCGACGAUGUUGUGAAGUUUCUUGGUUUUGUGCUUGAUGAGAACUUUUCUUCGUUGGUGUUGCAUCCGGAGUUUCAUGCGCAGCUAAGAUUAAUUGAGGAAGUGGUUAGUUCUUUGACUGCUGAAUCCAAAUGUUGUUUUUUGAUGGCUGAUGUGGUGAACAAACUAAAGAUGGAAGUAAAAGGUGGAAAUACGUAUGAUCUUUUUUGAAACUUAGUUGUCGAUUUUGUUAUGUUUAUCAAUUUUGAUAGGAUAUGAACACGUGUGUGAAGUGUGAAUUGAUAAUCAAAUGAUCAAAUCAUUGUAAUUUUUGGUUCAUGAUCUCGACUGCAAUUCAUUUAGAGGUUUAUCUAUUCUCACAUUGUGCUUUUUUA